AUGUUUCGCAGUCUCCAGGCACGCCUGUUCCGCUUGGCUGGGCCGGUUCCAGCAAAUACGUCCGAGUAUCAACCACUGCACCACGACCAAGAUGCGAGAAUCGCAACAGCCAACGAUGAAGGGAUUAGCUUGCCCAAUGGCGAUGGCGGUCCGCGAUUAGGGUCACAUAGGGAUGCGGCUGCCAUGAUGCUCAUCAGACUUGGCCGUUCGCCAGAUGAGCCCAUCUCCAUCUCACCAGAAGAUGAUGCACGGAUACUACGUCGCAUCGAUAUAGCCUUGCUGCCUCUCAUGCUCUCUGUCUAUUUCUUACAGGCUCUGGAUAAGGCAACUUUAUCAUACGCCUCCAUUUUUGGUCUUAUUGACGAUACAGGCCUGGUCGGCGAUCAGUUUUCAUGGCUGGGCAGCAUCGUCUACCUCGCCCAGCUCGUCAUGCAGUUACCUCUGGCUCUGGCGCUAGUAAAGCUGCCCAUUGGGAAAUUCACUAGUGUCAUGGUAUUUGCCUGGGGAUCGACUCUUGUUCUUAUGACUUGGGCUCAUAACUUCCCUCAGCUUAUGGUGGCUCGAUUCUUCCUUGGAGCGUUUGAGGCGAGCAUUGGCCCUAGUUUCGUGGCUAUCACCCAGAUGUGGUGGCGAAGAAGGGAACAGACCAUGCGGAUCGGUUCUUGGUAUUGCAUGAAUGGGUUGACAUGGGUGUUUGGUAGUCUCAUCACUUAUGGACUCGUAAGCAUGCACUCGAGCAUGAAACCAUAUGAGAUCAUUUUCCUAUUCUUCGGCAUCGUCACCGUCUUUGUGUCUGGAAUCAUGUUCUACUGGAUGCCGGAUUCUCCAACCGAAGCUAAAUUCCUCUCUGACGACGAUAAAGUCAUCGCUAUCGAGAGAUUACGUGACAAUCAAAUGGGCGUCAUGUCGCGCGAGUGGAGAUUUUCUCACUUUUACGAGACCUUGACGGACCUCAAAACUUGGUUAUGGGUUGUUAUGAUGUUUUGUAUUUCGGUUCCGUCGAGCGGUAUAUCGACCUACGGACCUCAGAUUAUGAAGUCAUUCCUCGAGGACCCAUAUCUCACAACCCUCAUGAAUGUGCCUAUCGGACUGUCGCAUGUUAUUGCUGUGUCUGGCAGUGCUUAUUUGUCCAUGAAAUGGACGCGCAAGGGACCUGUCAUUGCCCUGCUUUGCAUUCCCCCCAUUAUCGGGCUGUCCAUCUUGUUAAAGCUGCCUGCGGUUCCCGAAUAUCGCGGGGCUUUGCUGACAGGAUAUUUCUGUCUAUCUACAUUUACUGGAAUUACACCUCUUUUAUACUCGUGGUCUGCCCAAAAUACAGCAGGCGACACAAAGCGAAAGUCUGUUUCUGCGGUUGUCUUCAUUGGCAGUUCCGCCGGGAAUGUCCUUGGUCCGCUAUUAUUUACGCCGGACGACCCUCAAACCGGUCUCGGUACGAUCAUGGGUUUCUUUGUCACCAUUAUCGUAUUAGUCAUACUUACAACACUGUACUUGAAAUGGUUGAAUCGAAAACAUGGUCAAAGAAGAGUCGCUCUAGGUAAGAAGGCAAGGAUUAGGGACUUCAGUCUAGAAAGUGCGGAAGAAAUUCAACGACUUAAACAUGUGGAUAGCACUGUUCAGCAUGCUGCGGACCUAUAUGACAAUAGCGAACCACUCAGGCUCGAAAGUGAGGUCCUCAACAAGGCCUUUGCCGACGCUACCGACCUGGAGAAUGAGGAUUUCAUGUUUGUUUAUUAA